UUCAGCUCUCGGAGCUCGAGACAGCGUGCGAACCCCCCUGUCCAGCAGACCUGCGCACGAACCUGAUGCAUUAUGGACACUAACGCGCUUCGGUUUCACAAGACUUGGCAUUCAAACCCACUUUUUGUAAUGCCUUAAGAGUUUUCGGGUGUUUUUUUUUUUUUUUUCCAGUGGACGAUUAACUGACAGCUGUGCUUUUGCUGUAAGUGUCGGCGUAAUCAGAUGGCGGGUCCACAGCCGGGGGUUCACGCGCUCCAGCUCAAACCUGUGGCCGUACCGGAGUGUUUGAGGAAAGGAAACAAAUUCAUGAAAUGGGAGGAUGACUCUACCACUGUGACUCCUGUGACACUACGGGUAGACCCCAAAGGCUACUUCUUGUACUGGACUGAUCAGAAUAAGGAGACAGAUCUUCUGGACAUUACUUAUAUCAAGGAUGCUAGAACUGGUAAAUUUUCCAGGAUACCCAAGGAUGCUAAAGUGCGGGAGCAGCUAGGGGUGUCCGGGGUGGCGGGAAAGUUUGAGAACAGAAUUCUCACAGUGGUAACUGGUCCAGAUAUGGUCAACAUCACCUACCUGAACUUCAUGGCAUUUCAGGAUGAGGUGGCUAAGGAGUGGUCAGACAAACUCUUCAGCUUGUCCUCUAAUCUCCUGAUACAAAACUCAUCCCGGGAGUCCUGUCUAGAAAAAGUGUAUACUAGACUAGUGCUGCAGGUCACUCCUGAAGGAUCUAUUCCUGUGAAGAACAUCUUCCGUGUGUUUUCGGCAGACAGGAAGCGAGUUGAGAAUGCACUGGAGAUCUGUGGUCUUCCGUCUGGGAGAAAUGAUUUAAUGUCCCAGGAACAGUUCACUUCAGAUAUUUUCAGAGUUUUCCUCAAUAACAUUUGUCCCCGGAAGGACAUCGAUACCAUCUUCUCUGAAAUUGGUGCUAAGAGUAGGCCAUACCUCACAGUAGAUCAGAUGACUGACUUCAUCAACAACAAGCAGCGGGACCCUCGGUUGAACGAGAUCCUGUACCCUCCCCUGAAGCCCGAGCAAGUGCAGGCUCUGGUGGAGAAGUAUGAACCGGACACCAUGCUCUAUCAAAGAGGGCAGAUCUCUGUGGAGGGUUUUGCCAGGUAUCUAAAUGGAGAAGAGAACAGCAUCAUCCCUCUUGAAAAAUUGGACCAAAGUGAGGACAUGACACUUCCUUUGUCUCACUAUUUCAUCAACUCCUCACACAACACUUACCUCACAGCGGGGCAGUUGGCAGGAAACUCCUCAGUGGAGAUGUACAGGCAGGUGCUGCUGUCAGGCUGCCGCUGUGUGGAGCUGGACUGCUGGAAAGGACGCACGGCCGAGGAGGAACCCAUUAUCACCCACGGCUUCACCAUGACCACCGAGAUCUCCUUUAAGGAAGUGAUUGAGGCCAUUGCUGAGACUGCUUUCAAGACAUCUCCUUUUCCUGUCAUUCUUUCAUUUGAGAACCAUGUAGACUCCCCCAAGCAGCAAGGUAAGAUGGCUGAGUACUGCAGAUCAAUAUUUGGAGAUGCUCUGCUUACAGAGCCACUGGAGAAAUAUGCACUGGAACCAGGAAAUCCUUUGCCGAGUCCAAUGGACCUCUUAGGGAAAAUUCUCAUCAAGAACAAAAAGAACUCCCACAAAGAUGAGGGCAGCGCAAAGAAGAAGCUCUGUGAGCAGACCUCUAAUACCUACAGCGAUUCAUCUAGUGUGUGUGAGCCGUCAUCUCCAAGCGCAGGCUCUACAAAUCAUGACAUGCCGGACUCCAGUCAGCCAAACUCUGAGACAGGCAGUGACAGCAGACUACAGGGGAGAAAAUAUAUUGGUGAGGUUGAUGCAGAAAGUGAUGAUGAAGAUGACGAAGAUGAUGACUGUAAAAAGUCCAUUGAUGAGGGGACAGCGGGAAGUGAAGCAUUUGCCACAGAGGAGAUGUCCAAUUUAGUCAACUAUGUCCAGCCAGUCAAGUUCAGCUCAUUUGAAGCUUCUAAAAAGUCGAAUAAAAGUUAUCACAUGUCAUCAUUUGUGGAGACAAAGGCACUAGAGCAGCUGACGAAGUCUCCAGUGGAAUUUGUGGAGUAUAACAAACUACAGCUUAGUCGAAUCUACCCCAAAGGCACAAGAGUGGACUCCUCCAACUACAUGCCUCAGGUGUUCUGGAAUGCUGGAUGUCAACUUGUGGCACUGAACUUCCAGACAAUAGAUCUGGCCAUGCAGCUGAACCUGGGCAUGUAUGAGUACAAUGGAAAAUGUGGCUACAGGCUAAAACCCGAGUUUAUGAGGAGGCCUGAUAAAAACUUUGACCCCUUCACUGAGAGCACAGUGGAUGGAAUUGUAGCUCACACACUUUCAGUAAAGAUCAUAUCAGGACAGUUUCUGUCUGAUAAAAAAGUUGGCACCUAUGUGGAGGUGGAAAUGUUUGGCCUCCCAGUGGACACUAAAAGGAAAGCAUUUCGGACAAAGACAUCUCCUGGCAAUGCUGUUAACCCUGUGUGGGAUGAGGAGCCCAUAGUCUUUAAGAAGGUGGUUCUUCCCACACUUGCGUCUUUGAGAAUAGCUGUCUAUGAAGACAAUGGGAAGAUUAUUGGGCAUCGCAUCAUCCCGGUGAACGCCAUCAGGCCUGGUUACCAUUACAUAGGGCUACGGAAUGAGAAGAACCAGACACUAACACUACCUGCUGUCUUUGUCUACACUGAAGUUAAAGACUAUGUCCCUGACACCUUCGCAGAUGUUAUUGAGGCGCUGUCCAAUCCUAUCCGCUACAUCAACCUGAUGGAGCAGAGAGCCAAUCAACUCGCAGCUCUCACUGAGGAGGAAGGAGGGCAAGAUGUGAACAACAAAGUGAUAGAUGCAUGUGGGGAGCUUGUAUCAGAGUCAAACUGCGAGGCCCAGCCUCCUCCAGCCGAGAAUGGAACGAGCCAUACUCCUCUCAUCUCCCCUAAACCACCUUCACUGGUCAGCCAUCAUGCUCACUCCACAGGAUCUGUUAAACCAGCCGUUAAGAAUGAAGAUGUGAUUCAGAGUGUUUUGACAGAGCUGGAAGGUCAGACACUGGAGGAACUAAAGCAACAGAAGGCUUUUGUGCGUGAGCAGAAGAAACAAUAUAAAGAGCUGAAGGAGCUGGUGAAGAAACACCAUAAGAAAACCACAGACCUGAUCAAAGAUCACACAGCCAGACAAAAUGAGCUGCAGAGUGAAUAUCAGCGCCGCCACAAGAGCGCCAAACGAGACGGUAAGAAAAGUAGAUCUGGUUCAGAGCAAGCUCUGUCUGCUGUGGAUCAGGAGCUGGUGUCACUGGAGGAGGAGAACACGCAGAGACUAAGUGAACUGAAGGAGCAACAGCAGCAUCAGUUGCUUACUCUCAGACAAGACCAGUACUACAGUGAACAGUACCUCAAAGGCAAACACAUUAAACAGCUGGUGGAGAAGCUGACCACUGUAGCUGAGGAAUGUCAGAGUAACCAGCUGAAAAAAAUUAAGGAGUUGUGUGAGAAAGAAAAGAAAGAUCUAAAGAAAAGGAUGGACAAGAAGAGGCAGGAGAGGAUACAUGAGGCAAAAGCAAAACAGAAGAAUUUAACAGAGGAAGAGAAGUUAGAAAUCAACAGAUCACAUGUGAAUGAGGUUGUUCAGUAUAUUAAAAGGCUGGAAGACGCUCAAAGCAAAAGGCACGAGAAGCUGAUCGAGGCACACAAACUUAUUCGACAGCAAAUCCUGGAGGAGAAGCCGAAGGGGGAGAGCGAGAGAGAUAGAAGUAGUCCCGACCCAUUUUCAUGCCUCAGAGAAGCCACUAAUGGACAGCUAUAAGCAUCCCGGGGUCUUUGGAGACAUGCUGGAGAACGGUCUCUGGACUCUGCUUGCCUUGAGCUCACCAAGGAAAGCAUAUAUGAAGGAGUAGAAGAGGUUGGAAAUGCGGGUUUUAAUUGGGCUUUAGAGAAACUGCACACUGCAAAUUCUUCAAAAGCAUCUUACAGAUCAAUUAUAUGUUCGCGUUUGAAUCUCUACACCCGUUAUCACACCUUUAACCAUGUGGUUGCGGGUAUUGCUCAGUGCUCUGACAGAGUAAACGAAGAGGAGGAAUGGGGACCGCAGAUGAAUGUUGUCACACCUCGGUGUGUGUGCACACAGGUGACAGUGUCCUGCUAACGUUCCAAUCAAAAUGGCCACCAGGGCUCCCAGCUGCACAGCAUGCAGCAUAAACUAAUGAGCAACGACCUUCAGCGCCACUUUGAAAAUUUGAAAGUGACAAGGGCAGGUUGCGACAAGCUGAGCAUUUUGAUCCUCAUUAAAAUAAGACAGUUCAACUUACAAACAAAUUAAUCGGAUCCCAGGGAUUAUUAAGCAGAUGUCAUCUCUUUAUUGGUGAGCUAGAGCGCUGACUUGUCAUUUUCUAUUAUUUUACAAAACAUGACUUCCCAAAUGAGCAUUAUUGGAAUAUUUGACUAAUAAAUUAGCCCCAGAUUUACUUCUAAAUAUGAAAUAAAAUUUCAUACAUUUGACUGAAUUUUUCCUUGGGAUGUCUUUCUCACGAAAUACAUAAAGUAUGUUCUCUGUUCUGGUUUGUUGGUUUGUUUAAUGGGCAAUUAAAGUUCUCCUGAGUGUGAUAUGUCACACCACCAAGACUUGUUUCUUUUUUAAUGCCAUGGUCCUCUCAGCCCUAUUCUGUAAAUCAGAGGCAAGACACAAAUACAAAACCUGAUACAAAAUGGUUGUGCGUCUUCACACACAGCAGCUCUGUGCCAUCUCCAUGGCAACACUCAUCCUGGCCCCGAACCCCUCUUCACUCAGCAGCUUGGCUUCUAGGACAAGUUACCACACACCAUGACCUAAGUUGGAGAUAGAGGGUAGAGACAGCCCGUACAUGGACAGAUAGAACUAUACACAGAUUAAGUCGUAGUAGACGAAUACCGAAUAAUACACAGGAUAACACAUAGAUAACCAUGAAGACAUACAGCCUAACAAAGAUAGAUCAGCUGAGCACAAACACAGCAGGAUACAGUGCAGACAGAUAUAGACUAGUACACAUACUGAGCUCAACACACAAAUACAGAAAAUCACAUCAUUCCAGCCCAAACAAAUAAAAUUAAUGCACCCAUAUAUAAGUAACCCAUUACAGUGUUUAGAACUGCUGAACUUCAAAUCCAUAUACAGAGUAGAAAAGGAGUGUGUUUCAAUAUGAAUAAAAAACUAAAAAUCACAGACCAAAAGCACAUUAGCAGUAAUAAUAAAAAAAAAAAAAAAACGGUUUUUUUGUAAACAUGCAAAUUAAGUGAAGCUGUAGUUUUAUUUAAUUUUUCAAUGGUCAGUAUUUUACCUGUUUAUCCAUAUUCAUACAGGCUAAUGAAGAACUCUUUAUUUCAUUUUCCCUGUUUUUCUUGCUAUUUUUCUUGCUGGUUAUCUAUUAGUCACUCUUUAUCAGAUUAAACAAAUAGUGUAAGGAUCUGCAUUCCAGUGAACUUUCAGUGCUUUAUAACCUAAAAAAAACAAAACAAGUUUGUACAGGAGUGGCAUAGGUGUUUACAAGUACAAAACAGUACAAAAAUAACCAGGCUGAAAACAAUAUACAUAAUAUAUAAAAUACAUAAUGACAACCAUUCGGUUAUAGUUUAAAUUAAUAAAAGCUACUGGUAUUUAAAUUAGAAACCAUUACAAUUUCUUUAAAGGUUUUUAUUGAUUUAGAUUUUUUUCAGGAGGAUGAUCAGUAUCAAAAUAGAUUUUACCAUGUUUGUUUUAACCUAAGAGAAGAACAUGUCAGGACAUGUUAAAUCCCAUCUAAAGCACGGAUAAAUUCACUUUAAUUUCUUAAGUUCUGUAAAGCUGCUUUAAAACAAUGUCCAUUGUGAAAAGCGAUAAAGAAAUACACUUGAAUUUGAUAUUUGUUCUGCAUCAAGAGACAUUGGAUUAAUACACAGAUAUGGCUUAUAUGGAUAUCGAGAUAAUCAGAUCUCCCUAAUAUAGGGAAAUCAUGUGUGGAAUUUUUAUGGCAUGACAGUAGCAAGAUAGACAGAUGGAGUGUACUCUCACUGCACAGACAUGGACACAGAACAGCUUGUGACCCCUUGCAUUUCAUUGUACAUCCAGAAAAACAAAAAUAAAGACUGGCACACACUUCAUAUGAUUUCCAUAGGCCACACAGAUUUUCUGGCUAGCAGCUAAAGUCUUCUGUACUGCCUCGACCAUGCUUUUCCUCAGUGGUGCUCACCAGGCUUGUUUCAUGUGAGCUGGUUAGCAUUAAUAAUGCACAUGGCCUACCAUCCUCCUCACACCGGGGGAACCGCUGUCAUUCGAUAGAUACCAGCAGAACCAAACCCUUGUGCCAACCAUGAUUGGCAUUCCCACAGAGAGAGAGAGAGAGAGAGAGAGAGAGAGAGAGCUCUGGAAAUAAUUUGCUUUCAUUCCAUUGCUUGUGAGGCGAGCACUCAAUCCCUUCCUUUUGUAGAGAGGAUUUUCUGCCAAGACUCAAGUGGAUAUUUAUUUGAAAGAAAGAUAGGAAUUGACAUAAGGAUCUAGACUGAAUUUUUUUCCCCCAUUUAUUUUCAUAUCAAAGACUUUUAAGUUUUAACCUAGUCUUAUGUUGGAUGUUCUCACAUGUGGUCAUUCCAAUAUACAGUCCAUGGAUUUAUAUGAACAUCUCCCUCUGCUGUGUUGGGAUCAGCACGAAGUGAGAGAACGUAUAAAGGCAUGAAGGCUGUUGAUUUAGAAGGGAAUAAUACACAAUUUGCAUACAUAUCAUCAAAUCAAUCCAGAUUGCUUGCACAUGCAGCUUAUUUGCAUAGCAAUAGCUGUAAAUGUGGUUGCACUUGAGGUUUAGUUGACAGAGCUUAAUGAGUGCCUUGAAACUUUGAAGAGGAUAAUUCAAAAAAAUCAUCUAGUCUGAUGUAAAAUAAGAAAUGUUUGUCAAUCAUUUUCAUACACUAUAUUUGACAGAAAAAGUAUGACGUUCACACAAAAUAUGCGCUUUUAUAACAUCCAGACUUAAUUCUCCUUUACUAUUACAACAACCUCCAUUUUUUUUGGUAGAAGGAUUUCUACUAGAUUUAGCUGUCUGGUUGUAGGGAUUUUCCUAUUCAACCACAAUUUUAAUAGGUUCAGGAACUGAUGUCAACUGAAUAGGUCUGGGGUGCAGUCAGUAUUUCAGUUAAUGAAAAGGUGUACAGUGGGAUUGAGGUCAUGACUCUGUGCAAGCCAUUCAGGUUUUUCCAAAUUAAACUUGGUGUACCAUGUUUUUUUUAUUGAUUUUGCUUUGCACACAGUCAUUGUCAUGUAGUGCAUCCAAAGACAUUCCAGACUCUUACAGGCAUCUAUUUUUUGUGGCAACAAAUUAGUGCUGUUGUCAGCAUUUUUUUAUAUAUCUUUAGGCUACCAGUAAUUAAUAAAGAAAUAAACCAUCAGUCUUUUUCUUUGAAGGCCUUAUUUAAGGCCUGCUCCUGUGCACUGUCAUAACUCAGACCCCAUGUCCAAGUAGACAUAACAAUUAAGUGGCUAAAUACUCAAAUUAGUUUUAGCUAUUCACUAAUCAAUUACCAAUAAGUUUCAAAACUUUAAAUAAUGCAUGAACAAACCAAAUGAAGACAUCUUCCAGUCACGAAUGAGAAGGAGCAAAUCAGCUUUAUUGCAGUCAAUUCAGACCUGUCCCAUGAAGCUCUCGGGAGAGAAUUUACAUGUACAAAAAUAUCUUGAUAAUGACCUUUUUUUUUUUUAAAUCUUGCACUUUUGCACAUAACAAUGCAACAGAUCAUCCACCACAAUAUUCCCCCCUUUUCUAAAAAUCUCAUCUGGGUUUUUUUCCUGUGUCUGCAAAUCAUCCUUUGUUUUGUUUUGUGUACACUUUUCUAGUUUUAUAAAUCAGGGCUUUAGUUUUAACACACCAGCUCUGUUCUCCAAAUGCUUUUCCUAUUUUUCAUAGCUCCCGUGUUUUACUUUAUUAUCUGACGAUGUGUUGUGCCUAUUACCCUAUUCUCAGUUUUUAUUUGUAUAUGAUUUUUUCACUUAAGUUUCUUCGUGUGCUUUGAAUAUAUAUAUAUAUAUAUAUAUAUAUAUAUAUAUAUAUAUAUAUAUAUAUAUAUAUAUAUAUAUAUAUAUAUAUGUGUGUGUGUGUGUGCUGUUUGAGUAUAAUUAAGGCAUUUUGCCUGCUUGCUUAUUUUACUAUUUUAUUAAAAGUGCUGUUUUUUUCUAAUCCCUAACCUAGUCCAUCAUUCUUAUCUGCUCACUCACCUUUAUAACAUGUAUUACCAUUUUGAUUAUAUGCUGUAUGCUAAACUUUAUAUAUGAUCAACGUUACUCUAAAGCAUGAUUAUUUAGUUUUGUGAAUUCUCUUUAUACACGAGUUCUCUGCAAAGCUGAGUACUAUACUAUAAUAUUGCUGAGUAAAGUUUAUAUGCAUUAAGCUUGGAAUAAUAUUUAAACUAAUAUAAGCAAUGUUAUAUGUUUUCUGAAGCAUAUUGCUAAAUUAUAUAAUAUAAUACUAGAUUCUACUACUGAUAGCUGAAGCUGGCCUAAGCUAAGAACUUUAUGCACCCUAUGAUGCAAGAUGAGUCAAGAGUUCAUGCGGUCUCUCUGUUUUCUCCGCUUAGCCAAGGUGUUUAACCACAUAGGCAGCAGAUGUGUAUCAAUAUCUUUGUCUGUCAUUUACUGAAAUCUUCUAGUAUGUUCCAUACAUGACUUCUGACUGAAUUUUGCACAGUGCAUGAUGCACCUGCACAUGCACAGCACAAAGCAUGCUCAUUUAAGAUAAGGGUUGCAGUGGAAGAUCUCAAGUGGCCUGCUCUAGAACUCGGACCUUAACCCUUAUUAAAAUCUAUGGGAUAAAUUGGAACUCUGACUGCACCCCAGGCCUAAUUACCCUAUAUCAGUACCUGACUUUACUAGUACCCUCGUAGCUGAAUGAGUGCAAAUCUCCACAAACACACACUUAAAUCCAGUGGAACUUCUUGUUAGCAGAGUCACAGGUAUUAUAAUAUCCAGUUGGGACUAAAUGUGGAAUGAGAUGUUCAAAAAACACAUACAAACCUUGGUCAAGUGUCCACAAACUUGUCCAUAUAGAGUAGUGUAUGUGAUGUAGUACAAUAAUAUGAUUUUAAAUUCAGCCAUAUACAAACAGCUUUCAGUUGUUGCCAAAUUUUUUUUUAGGAUAACUGAUUCAUAAUAAAAACAAAAAAAUAAGCAAUGCUAUUAGUGACGAAUGAUUUUUAACCAUAAAAUGUGUUUUGAGGUACAUUUUAUGGUAUUUGCAAAUCUAUUAGUCCAUUUACUUGUUGUGAAUCAAAGGGAAAAAAAAGCUUUUUCUUGGGUUAGGGUUAGGGUUUUUCUUAUUAUUUGGUGCUGUGCUAGGGAUUUCUUAGAAAGAAUACGAGGACCUUUCAUCAGGUGGACUGGUUAUUUUAGAUCACACCCGCAUUUUUGAGAGUUUUAAUGUCUUUGCUAGAAUAGUCCCAUGACAAAAGUCAGUGAAUUCAGCUGCAGUUUAGUGUAGUAGCCGUUUUUCACUUACUGGUAUCUUAGAAUUAGGACAGAUGUUGAAGAAGGUCAUUUUCCUCUCAAAGUAUUUUAAGCGAUAUGAAGAAUUGGAUCUGAGGCUGGUUAGUUGACAGAUGACAAGUCUUUUGAGGGAAGACAUAUUUAACAUCCCCUACUCAAGAGGGAGUGGAAACUAGACUGUGUCACGCUUUCAUCGCUCGAGAUCACUUUAGGUGAGCCAGUUAAUUUGGUGCACCCUGUCCAGAACACAGCACCCUGCAGACUGCUGUCUCAGCGCUGGGCUUUUUACCCAUUGGCUGCUAUUUAACAGCUGCUGUUUCAGGAUAGAACUUUUUAUUCAUUCAUGUGACCAUGAAAUGUUCAUUACACUGUAGGAAUACAAUAAGAGCAUGCAAACAUAUCAAUUAUAGAAACCUGUCCAAAUCUAAAUGCUUUGGCUUAAGACUUUUUCAGGGAAGUAAAGUCCAAACCCACUUUGAGCUUUCUGUAAAUAUGAAACAGGUGGACGAUCUGUUCUGUGUUUAUCUAAUGACUACAUGGAUACAUAGGCUAACUUUCAACUUAAUGCAUAUUUAAACUGAAUCGUUGUUAAAACAUUUUCCUUCAAGCACCCUGGCUUAUAUGAAAUGUUUUUAUUGUAGUUAUUAUUCAUAUCAAGAAUUUUCACAUUAAAUUUAAACAGGGCAUUUGUGGUUCUUGUGACUCAUAAAUCCCCAACACAGUUAUACUCUUAUGUGAGGUCACUUUACACUUGUGUAAUUCUGUUUGAAUUAUUGAUGGUUUUGAAGCUGAUUGCUACCUGUUGUGUGAUGUAGUUCUAUGUUGUUUUAUGUAGCAACAGGGUUCUGGAGAAAUGUUGUCUCAUUUCAUUGUGUUCUGCGUCAGCUUUGUAUGGUUGAAAUGACAAUAAAAGCUUCUUGACUUGAUUCGACUUACCUCACCAGUAUUGACAUAUUGUGCAUUGUAUUUUUUUAAGUAUAAAAAGUGAAUACACAAUGCUUUUUAACUACUUAUAGUUACUGCAUUUUAAUUAAAUGUCCACAAAUGGAAAGUCCUCUGUCUUGAACAUUCACAUGUGGUGGAAAACCUACUGACUGUGAAAAGUGAUGUCAUUAUUUAGAUAAAAGUCUCUUCACUUAUUUUACUUGUAAGGAACAAAUUGUCUAAACGUGUUUAUUACUAGGCUUAGAUUCCACAACAUGAAAUGUAACUAGAUAAUUUUUUAUCUUAACCUUUAAUUAAAAAAAAAAAACUAAUUGUAAGCAAAUUGCUGUGGUUUAUUAUUAAUUAUGGACUUUGGAACUUAAUGUUUUUCAUUGUGUUCUGCGUCAGCUUUGUAUGGUUGAAAUGACAAUAAAAGCUUCUUGACUUGAUUCGACUUACCUCACCAGUAUUGACAUAUUGUGCAUUGUAUUUUUUUAAGUAUAGAAGUGUGCAAAGUAGAAGUAGAUUAGCAAAAAAAAUAAGCAAUUUAAGUAUAAAAAUGUUGUUGUGACGAAGAGUUUGUACCAUGGCAUUUAUAACAUAGAUCACUUCUUUCCCAUGCACGCUUCCAACAUGGUUGUGAACCUUUCACCUUACUCUGGAGUUUUAAGUACCUCUGCUGUCACACAACCUUCCCAGGCGAUAAAGAGGUGGCAUGUACACACAUACACACAAACACACACACACACACACACACACACACACACACACACAGGUACAUGCAAACGCAAAGUCUGCCAUGGACAGCCAAGCCUGCAGGUGACUCAGCUUACCGUCAAACACAGUUGGCAUCCUGGCAGUCAGUUGUUUCACUCUGUUCCCUUUCUUCACACAGGCACAUCUCAUGCAUGCACACACAUAUGCACACACACUAAGGAGUGGAUAAAAGCAAUGAGGUGGCAUUUUUAAUCUGAGAGUCCUUGUGCCCAGGCCGGCAGGGGGACAGCAGAUGUCCCUCACCUAAGUAGGUCACUCUUUGUGCGGGAUGUCUAUGUGGAAGCUAUCUACAGCCAUCUGGAUGCUCCUGUCAUUGUCAGCUGUGUGAAAAUAUGAUUUCCUACAAUGCAGCUUGAGCCAUAAAGGGGCCUUUGAGGAUGAGAGACCAAUUGAUGCACAUUCGGUGGUCAAUAUUGUAAUCAUUUCUAAAAGCAUAACAUUUUAUAGCUUUGUACAGUAUAUAAUACAUUAUAUAGGGGGUAAAACACAACAGACCAUGCUGUUAUAGACAAAUAAUCAACAAUGAUGGGUUUGUGAUGUAGCCUAACAUUAACGGUAUGUUACCUCCUUGAAGUGAGGCUUUGUUCCUGUUAUAUCUUGUUCCAAAAUGUUUUAUUCUUUUUUUAUCGCAUCCAUUUGAAACAAAAAUAUUUUGUUAUUGUCUACACAAUGCUUUUUAACUACUUAUAGUUAUUGCAUUUUAAUUAAAUGUCCACAAAUGGAAAGUCCUCUGUCUUGAACAUUCACAUGUGGUGGAAAACCUACUGACUGUGAAAAGUGAUGUCAUUAUUUAGAUAAAAGUCUCUUCACUUAUUUUACUUGUAAGGAACAAAUUGUCUAAACGUGUUUAUUACUAGGCUUAGAUUCCACAACAUGAAAUGUAACUAGAUAAUUUUUUAUCUUAACCUUUAAUUAAAAAAACCUAAUUGUAAGCAAAUUGCUGUGGUUUAAUAUUAAUUAUGGACUUUGGAACUUAAUGUUUUUAAUAAAUUAUCAUUAUGGUUUGUCUCAGGCUGUAUAAGACCACCCCAUUGUUGAUCAUUUUUGCUAUUACAUCAUGCACUGUUUAUUCUUAACAUAAGUAGUGUUCAUAGAGAAGCUCAGCUGCAGCUCCUCACUCUUAGUUGGUGAAAAAUGUAAAUUUCUUAGGUUCAUUGGGUAAAGAAUUAUUGAACAACUAAGCUACAUUAACUAUAUAAUAACUGUAAUUAUUGCAACUACUAACAACUGUCUAGUUUGUGACUUGAUAAAUGUAUUUUAAAUGAUAUCUUUGGAAAUACUGUGGUAAAAAUAAAGCGUAAUGGUUUAAAGCAUCACUUAAAUAGAACACAGAAACUCAUGUUAGAAGUUAUUACAGUUAAUUCCUCAGCAAUCUACACUUUUAGAUGAUUUCAAUAAAUAUUGUUGGAUGAUGCUUGCAAAAAUGUACAUCAAUCGUUAUUAAGUGGUUUGAAACAGACAGGUCUGCACUUAGUAUGUCUACAGUUAAACACAAUGUAUUGGACAAACCAGGUUUCUUUCAUGUAGAAUGACAUGAUGUCUCCUGAAAAUUGCAUUUAUCAUAAUUGAUAAAGUUAUAAAAUGUACUAUUGAUAAUUAUCAGCUACACAAUUUCUACAUUAUUUCUACAUAAUUACACAGUUGAUUACUGAAAGUGCUUUUUUAUACAGACACAUACAUAAAAAUGAGAACAUGUGAAAACCUUAGAAAACCUUUUUUUUUUCUUUGAUGAAGUUUUAAAGAGCAAUAAGCACAGUAGUAGCUCCACAUUCGCCUGAAAUUUCAACUGAAACAUCAUUUAAGAUUUGCUGAUGCUGACGACAUUCUGAAAAAGCUAAAAGAACAGUGAGUGUGCUUCACAGUGACUGCCGCUGACACAAUUCGUUUUUGGUGCUGUUCUUUAAUUACAAUGCUCCCAGAAGACUGAACAGGGUAGUUAACUAGUUGAAUAAGCAUUAACACAAUUAUUGGGUCAGAAUGAAUACAAUUUCGUCAUGUUUAAUCAUUAGGGGAGUUUAUGACUGGGAGAAAAAAAAAAGAUUUUGCAGAAGUGAAUUUGGCACAGGAUAGAGAGAUAUAGUGACACAACAUCAUUAAUUCAAUUCAGUUUGAUUUCUGCAGCUCUCUCAGUGCUCUCCAGGAGGAUGCCUACAGAACCCAGGCACCUUUUGUGCUGUGUAACUAUUAAACUGCUAAAUCAGCCCAACGAUGCUGUUAGACACCAUUUAUAAAGCUUUUAACGUUUUGCUUCAUGCUCUCUGGGGAUGCUUAAAAACCCACUCAGGGUGAGUUAAUCUGAGUUAAAGAUGUAUUUCACACUGUAUGGAUUAGGUUACAGAGAGUGAGUGUAAUCGUCUGCAGGAAAUGAAUAGCGUCCUAUAGUCUCAAAUCGUGUUCUGGU